UCAUCUCGACUCUACUCGAGCCAGAGCUCCCUUCCUCUCAUGGCGGUCAACGAUUUGAUAUAAUAUCAUCAUCGAAAACGCUCCGCCAAAAGAACAGUAUCCUUACCAGACCACACGCCUUCUCCUGGUGUACGGACUGAGCUAGAGGAGUUCGAGUCCGCCGUCGACGGUGAUUUUUUUAUUUUUAAUUUUUGGUUCCGACCAGUAUGGGGAGAACCGGUGCAAAUUCGAAGAAUUUCUCGGCCAGAAGAGACGAUUACCAGCUUCUCGAGGAGGUUGGUUAUGGCGCCAGUGCCACUGUUUUUAGAGCGAUCUAUAUUCCGCUCAAUGAAGUGGUGGCUAUUAAGUGUUUGGAUCUCGAUCGAUGCAAUAGCAAUCUGGAUGACAUACGCAGGGAGGCUCAAACAAUGAGCUUGAUAGAUCAUCCGAAUGUUGUAACAGCUUAUUGUUCUUUUGUUGUCGACCGAAACCUUUGGGUGGUCAUGCCAUUCAUGGCAGAGGGUUCUUGUUUGCACCUUAUGAAGAUUGCAUAUCCAGAUGGGUUUGAGGAGGCAGCUAUUGGCUCUAUUCUUAAAGAAACCCUUAAGGCUUUGGAUUAUCUUCAUCGGCAAGGACAUAUCCAUCGGGAUGUAAAGGCUGGAAACAUACUCCUUGAUACCAAUGGGAUUGUGAAGCUUGCUGACUUUGGUGUUUCAGCUUGCAUGUUUGAUGCAGGUGAUAGACAACGUUCAAGAAAUACGUUUGUUGGAACUCCCUGCUGGAUGGCACCAGAGGUAUUGCAACCAGGAAGUGGAUAUAAUUUCAAAGCUGAUAUCUGGUCACUUGGUAUUACGGCCCUGGAGUUGGCACAUGGUCAUGCACCUUUUUCAAAAUAUCCUCCAAUGAAGGUUCUACUGAUGACCAUACAAAAUGCCCCUCCUGGACUUGAUUAUGAUCGUGACAAAAAGUUCUCUAAGUCUUUUAAAGAAAUGGUGGCAAUGUGUUUGGUGAAAGAUCAAACAAAGAGACCAACGGCAGAGAAAUUGUUGAAACACUCAUUUUUCAAACAGGCAAAGCCUCCAGAGCUUUCUGUGAAGAAAUUGUUUGCUGACUUGCCACCACUUUGGAAUCGUGUGAAAGCUCUUCAGAUUAAAGAUGCUGCACAACUAGCGCUUAAAAAGAUGCCUUCAGCAGAACAAGAGGCAUUAUCACAGAGUGAGUAUCAACGAGGGGUCAGCGCAUGGAAUUUUAAUCUUGAUGAUCUAAAAGCUCAAGCAUCGAUGGUGCGAGAUGAUGAUGAGGAUUUGCAAGAGAUGCGAGAAGAAGAUGAAAAGUUAAAAUCUGUGUAUAUUGACAAGGAUGCUCCUUAUUACCAAUCCACACCAGGAAAUUUGAGUUCACUCAAAGAACUACCUUACGAAGGACAAACAAGCAGUGGUAGAUUAGAGCAGUCUGACAAUUCAAACAAAAAAAGCCCGAUUCUGGAAUCUGAUGUACAGGAGUCUAAUAGCCUAGAGAAAAUUGGAUUGAACAAAAAUGGAUCAAGCAUUGAGUUAGCAACAUCUACAUCAGAAAAAGAAACAGUUGUGAACAAAACUAGAACUCAAACAGUGAAACUUCGCCAAACACAUAGUGGUCCACUAAUGCCUGGUUCUGUGCUUACUCAUUCAGCAUCAGAGAGGAUACGCAAUUCUGAAAGGUGUGAGAAUGAUAAAGCUCCAAAUGAGAAAUUUAAUAAUGAAGUACGGAGAACACCAAGCUUUAGUGGUCCAUUGAUGCUUCCAAAUCGAGCUUCAGCCAAUAGUUUAUCAGCUCCCAUAAAGUCUUCUGGAGGUUUUAGGGAUUCUUUGGAUGAUAAAUCAAAAGCCAAUCUGGUGCAGAUUAAGGGGCGAUUCUCUGUAACUUCAGAAAACUUAGAUCUUGUGAAGGAUAUUCCAUUAAGUACAGUUCCACGUCGAUCUUCACAGGGAUCCCCACUGAGAAAGUCUGCUAGUGUUGGUGAUUGGAUAUUUGAUUCCAAACAAGUGCCUGUCAAUCAGUCUCCCAAGGAGUUGAACAACAGCAUAGUACCUGCAUCACUUCUCAUGCCUCACCUUCAGAAUCUAUUUCAGCAGACUUCAAUACAACAGGAUCUUAUCAUGAAUUUGUUAAACAGCUUGCAACCAACAGAAAUGGUAGAUGCUCCUGCUCAAAAUGGGAAGUUGCCUCCACUGCCUCGCAGUCCAGAAAACAAUGGAAUUAUUGAAACCGGUGCAUCAGAUAGAGAGCGUCUACUGCUCAUGAAGAUCUCAGAACUGCAAGCCCGGAUGAACAGCUUGACCGAAGAACUGACUACUGAAAAGUUUAAAUUCGUCCAAUUGCAACAACAGCUAAUAGCCGUGUCCAGCGAGGAAGAGAACGGGGACAGAAGAGGAGGGGUGGGCGCUUGAGAGCGGAAAUAUCUAUUACUAUUAAGCGAAAUCAGCAUGUACAUCCGGACGAGAUCUGCAAAUCAAGCAGAAAAAAAAAGUAUUUCACAUUUUUUUCGCUUGUACGGGGACUGUUUCGGGCUGUUUAUAUGAGUAGACCCUAUGCAAAUUUAAACAAAAACAAAACCAAAAAAAAACACAGGAUGGAGAUGAUAAUUGGGUCUCUUCUUCAGCUACUUCGGAUGGGAGAUUAAGCGAAAUUACAGGUAUUGCCCCCACAUGCAGUGUGGUAACUCUCAAUCUGAAGGUGAAAAAUUUGUUAGUAUCUCUGGUAGUGGUAGCCAUGAGAAGGGAAAAAGGUUAGAGCCAUAAAUCAUAAUAUUGGUUUAUAUUUCCCAUAGUUUCGUAUAUUUAUUAUGAUGUUUCAAACAUAGUGUCGAUCUAUUAUUUUUGUCAAAAAGGGAUUUAUGAGUUUGUAUAUGAUGGCGGUAGAUCGUAAUGGGACUUAAUUCAUUUCCUAAAAUUUGUGUAAAUUCUACUUGUUCUUCACAAUAUUCUGGUUCUGUAUUUCUCUUUUCAAUUACCACAUGUUUUAUUUUGCAAGAA